GGAGACGAUAGAAGUUGGACAAGAAGGAUUCCUAGUCUUUAACUUUUCCCUUCCCCCGUUACAAGGACUUGGGGGGAAAGUGCUGAAGAACCAAAAGUGGAUUGUACAAAAAAAUAGGAAGAUCAAUUCCGGACGCAUCGGCUUUUCUGUGGAUUAAUGUUCGUUAUCUAGUGGAUUUAUCGACUGCUUGUAGGUAGGAGUUGAAGGAGGGAGCCAUGAGGAUCGUGUUGUGCUCCGUUGUGCUGCUGACCAUCUGGUCUGGUCAUGGAGUUCGACUGGAGACUGCUGAAGUAGGUGAGACGUGUCCAUCUAUACAGGUCGAAGACUGGAAAUUUCCUCAGACUGCCAGACACAACAUCACAGGUUUCAAUCUGGUGCGGCGCUUUUCCCUGAUGAAGAACAGUGAUGUGAAGAAGAUACGUAACCUGCGAGGGCCCGUCAUCCUACGCUUGGGAAAAGUUCGCCUCAUCCAGCCCACAGAUCAAGUCUUUCCACAUGGACUGCCUGAGGAGUUCACGCUGGUCUUCACCCUGCAUUUUAAGGCCAAGGCUCUGAGGGAUAACAUCUAUCUUUUCCAGAUAUCUGAUGAGCAAGGGUACCCACAGAUCUCGCUGGACCUGAAUGGGCCGGAGGGCACGCUGGCACUGCGGACAUCCACUGCAGAUCAGGAUGCCUUGAAAACAGGGUGUGUGUUCAGUGGCGAAGGUGUGGAGUCCCUAAUGAGCACAAACCUGCGCUGGCACAAAGUAGCUCUGAGUGUACAGAAGAGCGCGGCAUCACUUCACGUAGAUUGCAGCUCUAUUGAGACGAAGCCACUGGAGCCUCGGGGCCGUGUCCCAGUUACUGGACACACGCUGUUGUUUAUGAGGGCCAGCAAUGCUGCUCCUGUCGAGAUGGACAUUCAGCAGAUGAUGCUGUAUUGUGACCCGUCUUUGGCCAUCCAGGAAGCUUGCUGUGAAAUUCCCGGAGCUCGUUGCCCCCCAGAUGCCCCGAAGAGUCGUAGAGCGGCAGAGAACCUGGUGGAGAUUCUCCCAAACCCUUUCAGCCAGCCGAUCCAUGGAUCAAAAGAAUUGGCGGAAAAAUGCGCAGGCUGCGUGUUGAUCACUGAGGAUCAAAAUAUCGUCCAGGAAGAGGGAGCGGGUCAGCGUGGCCUGAAAGGAGAAAAAGGAGAGCGGGGUCUGGACUGCACCGGAGCUGGAGUUUCCGGUCGAUGUCCAGAAGGAGUGAAGGGGGAGAAAGGAGAGCCGGGUCUGUCUGGAAACUGGGAGGCGGCUGUAGGAAUUAAGGGAGAUAAAGGACAGAAGGGUGAAGUCGGAUCCCAGGGUCUCACUGGAAGUCCAGGGAAAGAUGGUCGUGCUGGAUCUAUUUGUAUUGUGGGUCCUAAAGGACAGAAGGGAAACACAGGUUCUGUUGGUCCAGAGGGGCUUGCAGGAGAACCAGGGUUACCAGGAACUCCCGGACCUCCUGGCAUUGGCACAUCAGGAAAACCUGGGAGCCCUGGCCUACCUGGAUCAAAGGGAGAUAAGGGAGAUGCUGGGAUACCUGGGAAGGAUGGAAUGACAGGUGAUCCUGGUCCAAGAGGUCCGGGUGGCUCCAAAGGUGAAAAGGGUGAACCAUGUGAAGUUUGUCCAGUGCUGCCGAAGGAUUUGAGUGAAACCACAAUUAUUCAGGGGAAGCCUGGUCCCAAAGGAGAACCUGGAGCACCAGGCAAAGCAGACCAGGGUUUGCCUGGAUCUCCAGGGAAAGAUGGAAAAGCAGGGGAAAAGGGAGAGCGAGGCUUAGAAGGGGCCAAAGGGGAAAAGGGCGAGUCGUGUGCUAUGUGCCCCACAAACAGUGGUAUUUUGAGCCAUCAGAGACAGCCAAUAAAAGGAGAAAAAGGGGAGCCAGGAAUUGGACAGAAGGGAGAACAGGGAGCACCAGGUCAAAUUGGCCAAACUGGAGACAAAGGGGGAAAGGGUGAUGCAGGAGGCAAAGGCGCUGAGGGGAAAACUGGCAAGCCUGGUCCAAGAGGUCCAAGUGGCAAGGAUGGACCGAAAGGAGAAAAGGGAGAUGAUGGUCAGUCUGGUUCACCUGGAGUCAAAGGUGAAAAGGGAGACUCAUGUGGUGUGUGUUCAAAUUCCCCGUCUGAAGUAAAAGGAGGAGAGAUUAUGUUUAAGGUGCCAGGAGAGGGAAAUGAAGGCCCUCAAGGACUGAAAGGAGAUAAAGGUGAUCAGGGUUUACAGGGAAAGACAGGACUGGCUGGAUCACCAGGGGCCCCGGGACUAACAGGGGAACCCGGGAGAGACGGAGUCAAAGGACAGAAGGGCGACGCCUGUGACAGCUGUCCGACACUUCCUGUGGAUUUCGGUGAUGUCGUAGGCUUACCUGGACCCAAGGGAGAGAAAGGAGAAGCAGGUGAACCAGGCGUGGGGAGGAAAGGUGAACAAGGAUCGAGAGGUAUUCCUGGACUUGCCGGUCCAGUAGGACCUCAGGGAGCUCCUGGGAUUAUAGGAACAGUUGGACAAAAGGGUCCGAAAGGGGAAAUGGGACCUGCAGGUCCUCAGGGGCCGAAUGGCGUCAGCAUAAAAGGACCUCCGGGAAGAGACGGUUUUCCUGGCCCUCAAGGAAUCCCAGGAGCAGAUGGGAUACCGGGAGCCAUCGGACCUAAGGGUGACAAGGGAGAACCAGGAGACUGUAACUGUGUGCCAUAUACGAACCCACAAACUGGAAGACCUGGUGUCCCUGGUGGUGGUGGCUUACUCCCAUUGCAGCCUGGUCCUCAGGGGCCUCCAGGACCUCCAGGCCCCCCAGGACCUCCAGGACCCCAAGGAUUUACAGGGUUCCCAGGGCCACAGGGUGUCCCUGGCAAUGAUGGCUUACCAGGGAAACCGGGUCCGCCCGGCCAAGCAAUUCCAGUAGAUACUGAAUCUUCCAAUAACAAAAAGACGGACUGUGGAGACUGUUCCAAAGGCCUGCCAGGCGUACCUGGUGUACCUGACACUAAGCCUGAUAAGAGAGAUCAUGGCAAGCCUGGAGUUAUUUCUUUAGAUGGAUGUGAGAAGUGUCUCGAGAGGCUGCAGGAAGAGGAACCACAGAGGCCUAAUACCAACAACAGCCCUUGCCCAGGUGUGCAAGGGACACCGGGCAUCCAAGGGCCACCCGGGAUAAAAGGAGAUCUGGGGGACAGGGGUGAGAGGGGUCCACCUGGUCUUCCUGGAACCCCAGGUAAUAUUGGAUUCCCUGGUCCUCAAGGCUCCCCUGGACUCCCAGGUCAGCAAGGGGAGAGAGGACCUCAAGGACUAUCGGGACUGAAAGGAGAACAGGGUCCACCUGGAACUCCUGGAUACCCAGGAACCAUGGGACCACCUGGACUUCCAGGACUUAAAGGAGAACGAGGAAGUCCAGGCUCUGCAGCGCAGAAAGGGGAAUCCGGCCCACCAGGAUUUCCAGGUCAUCAGGGACCACAAGGCCCAGCUGGUCCCAAAGGAGAAGGAGGAAUGACAGGAGCCAUGGGACUGAAGGGAGAUCAGGGUUUUCCAGGACCACCAGGAUUCCCAGGACAACAGGGAGCUCCAGGAAUCCCAGGAAAAAUCGGUCCUGCUGGACCACCAGGACCAAAGGCAGAUCAGGGAAGUCCAGGACUUCAGGGUCCACAGGGACCUACAGGCCCUCCGGGACCUUCUGGAGGACCAGGAUUGCAGGGUGCACCUGGGAUGGAUGGCCUUGAUGGGAAAGAUGGAAAACCAGGACUGAGGGGUGAUCCAGGCCUACCUGGCCCUAUUGGCCCCAGGGGAAUCCCGGGAUUCAAAGGCAUAAAAGGACAUACAGGCCUUCCAGGACUGAAAGGAGAUGUCGGACCUCAAGGCCCACCUGGAGCAGCAGGUAGAUCAGGACUUGAGGGUGACCCUGGUCCACCAGGACCACAAGGACCACCUGGUGCUCCAGGACAUCUGGGUUCUGCAGGUCCGGCAGGUCCACCAGGACCAGCUGGAGCUCCCGGCACGGGUAUUCAAGGUGACAAGGGGGAGGCUGGAGAAAGAGGGCUGCCAGGAAUGCCUGGGCCUCCAGGAGCCCCUGGGCAUCCAGGACAGAUGGGAGAACCAGGGAGUGAUGGUGCAGCAGGGAAAGAUGGAACACCAGGUCUGCCAGGAGAAACUGGUCCACAAGGACAGAAGGGUGAGGCAGGGACUUCAGGCCUGAGGGGUCCUCCAGGAGAACGUGGUCGUCCUGGACCCCCUGGAGGAGCAGGAUACCAAUCUAAAGAUUCAGGAAUAGGAGUAAUGGGACCCGCUGGUCCUCGUGGUGAGAGAGGAAGCCCUGGAGCACCUGGACAGUCUGGACCUGCUGGACAACCAGGAAUGCCAGGAAAUGAUGCUGUUGUCAACUAUGAUGAAAUCAAGUCUUUCAUCAGACAGCAGGUUAUUAAGAUCUUUGAUGAGCGAAUGGCCUAUUACAUGUCGCGCAUGCAGAUGCCAGUGGAAAUGGUAGCAUCCCCAGGUAGACCUGGACCCCCAGGCAAAGACGGCACUCCAGGAAGAGCAGGACCUCCAGGGCUUCCAGGGCGUCCAGGACAGUUCGGGCGAGAGGGUAGACAAGGACCUGUGGGCCCUCAGGGUCCUCCAGGUGUCAAGGGAGAAAAAGGAGAUAAAGGUUUAGGAGAGAUGGGAGACAGCGGACCCCCUGGGGCUCCAGGUGUUCCUGGACCCCCUGGUUAUGGUAAAAUAGGACCACCAGGCCCCACGGGUCAGCAGGGCAUCCCUGGAAUCCCUGGACCACCAGGACCAUCUGGAUCAAAGGGUAAAGAUGGCCGUUGCCAUCCAUCUGACUGCAUGAGUGGACCUGUGGAUUACAGUCCUAAGGGCCCACAAAUGAAAGGGCCCAUGUAUUAGAGAGAGAUGAAUGAGAGUGAGGGGGUAAAAGGUAAGAAAUUAGGGAAAAAAUUACAAGAGCCAAAGAUCAACUAUACCAAAUCUGCCUGCUAUGUGCCUUUGAUAUGAUGGAGAACCAAUGGAGCUAAAGAGCAUUUUUGUCAAUAUAAUCAUGGCUGGGCCAGAUUGGUUUACAAGCUAUCUCUAUAAGGUACCCAAAAUGUUCCCUUCAACUCCAAGUGCUAAUGUGAGUGAAGCCUCUUUCUCAGAGUUCAACUUUCUCUUUAACAAAGCUUGAAUGAAAACUCCUACAUUAAGAACCCUGAACACAGAUGCCAUAAUUUCUUCAUACCUUGUGUUUUUACUUCAUCAUCAUGUAAAAGUAAGUAGACAGGCAAUCAUUGACACAGGUUAUUUUUAGUGUUAUGAUUCACUGAAUUUGACAUUUGAAAAAAAACAAAACAGCAUUUUUUACCAUUUCAGAUUCAUUUGUUGCAUUAAAAUAGCAAAGCAAUAUAAAAGCAUCACACUUGGGAGCCCAAAGUCUAUGGCACACCUUUUCUAAUGCAGAACUCAUGCCAAAAGGGACAUCAACACAUUCCUUACUGGACUAUCACUACCUUGAACAUAUGAUCUGUGCUUCAUUGGCCGUGAUGAUGUUGUCUCUUUAAAGUUCAGCUAUUAAGCUGGUUUCACACUGUUCCCAGAAAAUUCACAGCUGUGAUUUUAAACACAUUCUCUUUGAUGCGGUACGCCCAAGAUCAUCUAAAGUUCAAAUGCUUUCAACUUUUACGUGACACUUUGCUGGGCACAGCCAUUAGCGGGCCAGGAGGCAUGGUAUUUUGCUCAGAGAAAGAUGGAAGAACUAAUAAAAUUUCUUCUUCCUUCUCUCCAGAGAGCAGCAUCCACUUUUGUGCUCAACCCAGCGCAACACUAUCCAUUUGUCACAACUGCAUCAUCACAGUUUGAAGCCAGCUUGAUUCUUUGCCAAUGUUUACUUUUUGUUCCAUCAUUUUAGUACCGAAAUGCUUCUGCAAAUCAUUUUCAUCAUUGUUUUCUUGGGUUUUUGUGGUAGCUGAUGAAUAUUGCGCUUUUUUUUAUUGCCUUCAUGCCCCAAAACUGACUUAAAAGUAAUGAUCUCAAAUUUGAUUUGAACCAGAUUCUAAAUUUUGGAACUUGCCAUUCUCCAUUGUCCUAGCAUUAUGAUGUAGCUUGAUGUAAAGGCACAAAUGAGAUAUAAUUAUUCCUGUUUUCUUUGAGGCCUUAUGUUGUACAUAUUUGUAUUUAUAUGUAAUGGCUUUUUAUAAUACAUUUUGAACAGAUUGGCAUGUCGGCAUUUCAGUCCUUCCUUUUGCGUCUCAGAUAAUGUGGUAUUUGUAAUAGCGUUUCAGAAAUAGAUUUUUGUAAGUUGGUUGAAUUUAUAUAAAUCGAAGUUAAUAAUAACUUGGAUUGCAUAUUUCAGAGACCGUCAUAUUUAUUUGAGUUUUAUGUCAGGUGUCUCUCUUUGACCUUGUACAUUGACACAUUUGAGACCUCUGCCACUUUAUAUAUUUUUUAAACUUGAAUAUUUUUUUCUGAUAUAGUCAACCACUUUCAGGUUAAACCGAUUGUUCCUUCUAGAUAGAGAUUCAUUCGCUUUUGACAUGCGCUCAUCAGGUAGAAUUUCCUUCGCUCCUUGUCCACAGUGAGAAAGCCACAUGCUUCAAACACCAUCAUCUACGGUUUUGAGUUUUCAUUUCAUAAUCUAAAAGCUUUUCUGAUCCCAUGCCAUUCAGCGUGUUGCUGUGUCAGCCAGGCUCCGACAAGAUCCAUUAACCAUCAGCACUUUAUCCUCUCUGUCAGACCUUCAGCUUCUGUGUGUUUCUGUACUUUUGUACUUGUAUAUGUGGCUGUCAGGUGACCGGAUGUCCUCACAUAUGUAGAUGAAUUUCUAAAUUAUCCAUUUAUCAGGAUUGUUGAGCUUUUGCUCUCUUCAAAAAUAGAAAGUCAAGUAGUGUGAUUUAUUUUAGGACUGAAAAAAAAAGUCACGUGUGAGUAAAGGUCAGCUCAUGGUCCUUACAAGUACAGCAAUACAGGAAUGUCUGUGUUUGUGUGUGUGUGUGUGUGUGUGUGUGUGUGUGUGUGUGUGUGUGUGUUUAAGAGAGAGAGAGAGAGUGUGAGGUAAUGUGGUUUGUCAGAUUUUAUCUAACAUGGUACUACUUAAAGAUGCACUAUGUAAGAAUACAAUGUAAUAGCUUUAUUAGCUUUAUUUCCAAACUUGUUUGUAUAGCAAACACCAUCAAAUUUAUAGCUCUAAUAAAAUCUGUGUGUGUAAUAUGUUACAAAUCCAUUUAAUAUUAGAAAUCAAUGAAACUGAAAUUAAUAUAACCAUUUCUGGAAAUUCAAAUGAAAUAUGCUAAUAUCGUCUUAUGUUAAAACUCUAAACUUAAAAUUAUUGCAUAGUGCAUCUAUAAAUCCAUCCGUUGUGCCAUUAAGGCCACCAUCGACUUUGUACGUUUCUUCAUAUGUUGAGUUUCAGUGAAAUUAAAGAGAUGGCUAAAUUUACAUUAUUAUUGCUACCAAAGGUUUUUGAUUGACAGUAAACAUCUUUGAUUUUUUUGAUCAUCUUUUUAUUCUAUUUUAUAUGCUUUAUAAUAGCCUACAAAAAAAGCAAUUUAAAAAAAUGCCACCAUUACAUAUAGAUCCAAUUGUGUCAUCCAUGUGUUAGCUGUUUGUGUGCAAUUUUUUUUAAAGAAAACUAAGAAAAGCAAUAAAGUUCUUUUUUUAAAGCAGA